AAACGUCCUUUGUUAUACGAGCCACGUCCACGGCAUCCACGGAAGCAAGUAAUUGCCCACCGCAAAAGGCAAAAUGAUAAUCACCACGAUCAUCAUCGUCACCAUGGUCACCUCGGCCUCCAGCUCGCUCUUCCCGGAUCCCACCCAGCGAGCGAUCAUUCACUCUUUUCUUUUUACUCUCGUCGUCUCGAUCUCAUCAUCAUGAUCAUGCGUGCCGCCAAGAAAAAGCAAUAGUCCGUACAACUGGGGACCAUGAUAACCUCUGCAGUCGUGUCUUUCGAGACUGUCAGCAUCUCAAGUACUUUACUUAGACUAGUGCCGUGGGGUCCACCGUCCAGCCUCCGGAGAUCUAGAUUGCCAGGAGAGCCUGUCAAAAGAACCAGGACCAGGCCGCAUGAUAAUUAUGAUUGGUCCCGCAAGAAGUUGAUGUCGGUGCUUCAGGCUUGACGCAAAGCAAGAGCGUAGCUAGCAAUAUGGAAACCGAGGCGUGCGUCGCAGCGCAAUGGCCUUCAUUUGAGGCACGGUGCAAUCUGGACGCUGCUAAACUGUCCUUCCAAGAGCAUGGCUAUAUCUGCUGUCCAAACUACUUAUCCGACUCUGAACUCCAGUUGCUGCAAGGAGAAAUCGACCGGUACAAGAAUGAGAUUGUGCCGACCCUACCUCCGAAAGCCGUAUUUUAUGAGGACAAAGAUCGACCGAAGGACACGAUAAUUCGUUGCGAGGGAAUGCACAACCAUGACGACUUCUUCAACCGGCUCCUGUGCUCACCAGCUUUCAAUGGCCUUGUGGACUGUCUGCUCGGCGAGCCGUGCGAGGGUAACAAUAUGCAGUUCUUCAGUAAGCCACCCGGUGCAAAAGCAACACCACCGCAUCAGGAUGGCCAAUACUUCAUGCACGAUCAAGGCGUGACCCUAUGGCUUGCACUGGACCGAGCAACGGAAGAAAAUGGCUGCAUGUUCUAUGCUGAUGCCUCACACAAACAAGGGUUACUGGAACAUGUACGGACGGAUCAGCUUGGUUUCAGUCAGCAGCUGAAGGACUAUGGUCAAGACCUGUGUGAUACAGAGAAGUGCAUGGCAGUGGAGCCAGCUUGCCUGCUGGGACAUCAUCCGUAUACUGUUCAUCGAGCCAACCCAAACGCCUCCACAAGUCACUGGCGACCAGCACUGGGUCUGACGUAUUGGGAGAAGUCUUGCAGGAACGAUGCAGAACUUCACAAGCGACGACAGGUUUACCAGGAGCAGCUUAUGAACAAGCUGGAGACAGAGGGAAGAAUCUAACUGUCAGACAAUGCUUUACAUUGAAAGUUUCCUGGCAACACUCACGCCUCCAAGGCUCCAGCCAACAGCUAUCCAAAGGAGCUGAAGUGUUAUGUUUACUUCAAUUCCGGAAGUACCAUAUGCCCACUGUAUCCACAUGAAUGGAGCGCCAUGAGUCACUGAGAACUUGAUGUGACGGGGAAUCUCAGGAAAGAUCAAAUGAGCUUCUUGAAACCUUGAAAGACUUGAGCCUUGAAAUAGAAUAGAUUGACGCUUUCAUUAACGUGUAGAAUGCAGUGCCUGUGCAGAUCGAGUGCAAACGUCCAGCCAACGUGCUAUGGAGCGCUCAUAGGCAAUAGUAGCAUUCACAGGGUAUUGCACUUGUAUAGUGUUGCCCCCCCCCCAUGAUGGCAUCAUGUGAAGGCCAUGAUUGCUUUGAUGAAUUGAAAAAGGAUCAUUUGAUUUUGCUCCUUUGAACUUUUUGAAGUACUGACAUGUACAUAUAGUAUCGAGAUUGUACUUUCUCUUCCUCAACAAGCUGUGACAUUGACAUUCAAAAGCAAAAUAAUUGAUUUGUAAUUUCUCCCCCCCCCCCCCCAUAGCAAGAGUUUUCUUUUUUUCUUUUUACUUUCAUGUAAAGUUCCCAUAGCAAGAGUACAAUAGACCUUGCCAACAAGCAA